AUGAGGGGCAAUAAGCUGGCCGCGCCGACGUUGCGACCCCGGGGGCGGCUCUGGCCGGCGUUGGUAGUGCUGGCGGCCGCCGCGGCAGGCUGCGCCCGGGCAGCCAUGGACGAGUGUACAGACGAGGGCGGGCGGCCGCAGCGUUGUAUGCCCGAAUUCGUCAACGCCGCCUUCAACGUGACCGUGGUGGCCACCAACACGUGCGGGACUCCGCCUGAGGAAUACUGUGUACAGACCGGGGUGACCGGGGUCACCAAGUCCUGUCACCUGUGCGACGCCGGGCAGCCCCACCUGCAGCACGGGGCCGCCUUUCUGACCGACUACAACAACCAGGCCGACACCACCUGGUGGCAAAGCCAGACCAUGCUGGCCGGGGUGCAGUACCCCAGCUCCAUCAACCUCACGUUGCACCUGGGGAAGGCUUUUGACAUCACCUAUGUGCGCCUCAAGUUCCACACCAGCCGCCCUGAGAGCUUCGCCAUUUACAAGCGCAUGCGGGAAGAUGGGCCUUGGAUUCCUUACCAGUACUACAGCGGCUCCUGUGAGAACACCUACUCGAAGGCAAACCGCGGCUUCAUCAGGACAGGAGGGGACGAGCAGCAGGCCUUGUGCACAGAUGAAUUCAGUGACAUUUCUCCUCUCACUGGGGGCAACGUGGCCUUUUCAACUCUAGAAGGAAGGCCCAGCGCCUACAACUUUGACAAUAGCCCUGUGCUGCAGGAAUGGGUAACUGCCACUGACAUCAGAGUUACUCUCAAUCGCCUUAACACUUUUGGAGAUGAAGUGUUUAAUGAUCCUAAGGUUCUCAAGUCCUAUUAUUAUGCAAUCUCUGAUUUUGCUGUGGGUGGCAGGUGUAAAUGCAAUGGACAUGCAAGUGAGUGUGUGAAGAAUGAAUAUGGCAAGCUGGUAUGCGAUUGUAAACAUAAUACCUAUGGAGUAGACUGUGAAAAAUGUCUUCCCUUCUUCAAUGACCGGCCAUGGAGGAGGGCAACUGCCGAGAGUGCCAGCGAAUGCCUGUCCUGUGACUGCAGUGGCCGAUCACAGCAGUGCUACUUUGACCCUGAGCUCUAUCGUUCCACUGGUCAUGGAGGGCACUGUACCAACUGCCAGGAUAACACAGAUGGGGCCAACUGUGAGAGGUGCCGGGAGAAUUUCUUCCGCCUUGGGAACAAUGAAGCUUGCUCUCCAUGCCACUGUAGUCCUGUUGGUUCUCUCAGCACACAGUGUGAUAGCUAUGGAAGAUGUAGCUGUAAGCCAGGAGUGAUGGGUGACAAGUGUGACCAUUGCCAGCCUGGAUUCCAUUCUCUCACUGAAGCAGGAUGCAGGCCAUGCUCUUGUGAGCCUUCUGGCAGCAUAGACGAAUGUAAUAUUGAAACAGGAAGAUGUGUUUGCAAAGACAAUGUUGAAGGCUUCAGUUGUGAAAGAUGCAAGCCUGGAUUUUUCAAUCUGGAGUCAUCUAAUCCUAGGGGUUGCACACCCUGCUUCUGCUUUGGGCAUUCUUCUGUCUGUACAAAUGCAGUCGGCUACAGUCUCUAUUCUAUAACCUCUACCUUUCAGAUUGAUGAGGAUGGGUGGCGUGUAGAACAGAGAGAUGGCUCUGAAGCAUCAUUUGAGUGGUCCUCUGAGAGACAAGAUAUUGCUGUCAUCUCAGAUAGCUACUUUCCUAGGUACUUCAUUGCUCCUGUGAAGUUCUUGGGCAAGCAGUUGUUGAGCUAUGGUCAGAACUUCUCCUUCUCGUUUCGAGUGGACAGGCGAGACACUCGCCUCUCUGCAGAAGAUGUGGUGCUUGAGGGAGCUGGCCUAAGGGUGUCUGUGCCCUUGAUUGCGCAGGGCAAUUCCUAUCCAAGUGAGACCAUUGUGAAAUAUGUCUUCAGGCUCCAUGAAGCGACAGAUUACCCUUGGAGACCUACUCUUACUCCUUUUGAAUUUCAGAAACUCUUAAACAACUUGACCUCUAUCAAGAUCCGUGGGACAUAUAGUGAGAGAAGUGCCGGGUAUUUGGAUGACGUCACCUUGGUGAGUGCUCGUCCUGGGCCUGGGGCCCCUGCAACUUGGGUGGAGUCCUGCACCUGCCCUGUGGGAUAUGGAGGACAGUUUUGUGAGAUGUGCCUCUCAGGCUACAGAAGAGAAACUCCGAGUCUUGGACCAUACAGUCCAUGUGUGCUUUGUACCUGCAAUGGACACAGUGAGACCUGUGACCCUGAGACAGGUGUUUGUAACUGCAGAGACAAUACAGCUGGGCCCCACUGUGAAAAAUGUAGUGAUGGGUACUAUGGAGAUUCAACUAUGGGCAGUGGCUCUGAUUGCCAACCAUGUCCAUGUCCUGGGGGCUCGAGUUGUGCUGUUGUCCCUAAGACAAAGGAGGUGGUGUGCACCAACUGCCCAACUGGGACCACCGGUAAGAGAUGUGAGCUCUGUGAUGACGGCUACUUUGGAGACCCUCUGGGUGGAAACGGCCCUGUGAGGCUUUGCCGCCUGUGCCAGUGUAAUGACAACAUCGAUCCCAAUGCUGUUGGAAAUUGCCAUCGCUUGACUGGAGAGUGCCUGAAAUGCAUCUAUAACACUGCCGGCUUCUACUGUGACCGCUGCAAAGACGGAUUUUUUGGAAAUCCUCUGGCUCCCAAUCCAGCAGACAAAUGCAAAGCCUGCAAUUGCAGUCCAUACGGUACUGUGAAGCAGCAGAGCAGCUGCAGCCCUGUGACUGGACAGUGCGAGUGUCUGCCCCAUGUGACUGGCCGCGACUGCGGCGCUUGUGACCCUGGGUUCUAUAACCUGCAGAGUGGACAAGGCUGUGAGAGGUGCAACUGCCAUGCGUUGGGUUCCACUAAUGGCCAGUGUGAUAUCCACACCGGCCAGUGUGAGUGCCAGCCAGGCAUCACCAGUCAGCACUGUGAGCGCUGUGAGGUCAAUCACUUUGGCUUUGGGCCUGAAGGCUGCAAACCCUGUGACUGUCAUCCUGAGGGGUCUCUUUCACUCCAGUGCAAAGAUGAUGGUCACUGCGAAUGCAAAGAAGGCUUUGUGGGAAAUCGCUGUGACCAAUGUGAAGAGAACUAUUUCUACAAUCGGUCUUGGCCUGGCUGCCAGGAAUGUCCAGCAUGUUACCGGCUAGUCAAGGAUAAGGUUGCCGAUCACCGAGAGAAACUCAAGGAAUUAGAGAGUCUCAUAGCCAGCCUUGGAACUGGGGAUGAGAUGGUGACAGACAAAGCCUUUGAGGAUAGACUAAAGGAAGCAGAGAGAGAGGUUAUGAACCUCCUUCUAGAGGCCCAGGGCGUCAAAGAUGUAGACCAUAAUUUGAUGGAUCGCCUCCAGAGAGUGAAUAACACCCUAUCCAGCCAAAUUAGCCGUUUGCAGAAUAUCCGACAUACCAUCGAAGAGACUGGAAACUUGGCUGAACAAGCACGUGCCCGGGUAGAGAGCACAGAGAGGCUGAUUGAAAUUGCAUCCAGAGAACUUGAGAAAGCAAAACUCGCUGUUGCCAAUGUGUCAGUCACUCAGCCAGAGUCUACAGGGGACCCGAACAACAUGACUCUUUUGGCAGAAGAGGCGCGAAGGCUUGCUGAACGCCAUAAACAAGAAGCUGAUGAUAUUGUGCGAGUGGCAAAGACAGCCAAUGAUACAUCAACUGAGGCGUAUAAUCUGCUUUUGAGGACACUGGCAGGAGAGAAUCAAACAGCAUUUGAGAUUGAAGAGCUUAAUAGGAAGUAUGAACAAGCAAAGAACAUCUCACGAGACCUGGAGAAGCAAGCUGCCCGAGUAAAUGAGGAGGCCAAAAGGGCUGGGGAUAAAGCUGUGGAGAUCUAUGCCAGCGUAGCUCAGCUGACUCCCGUGGACUCGGAAGCACUGGAGAAUGAAGCAAAUAAAAUAAAGAAAGAAGCUGAAGAUCUGGACCGUCUGAUUGACCAGAAAUUAAAAGAUUAUGAGGAUCUCAGAGAUGACAUGAGAGGGAAGGAACUUGAAGUAAAAAAACUUUUGGAGAAAGGAAAGACUGAACAGCAGACUGCUGACCAACUCCUAGCCCGAGCUGACGCUGCCAAGGCUCUUGCUGAAGAAGCUGCUAAAAAGGGACGGAAUACCUUACAAGAAGCCAAUGACAUUCUCAAUAACCUGAAAGAUUUCGAUAGACGAGUGAACGAUAACAAGACUGCAGCAGAGGAGGCGCUAAGGAAGAUUCCUGUCAUCAACCAGACUAUAGCUGAAGCCAAUGAAAAGACCAGGGAAGCACAGCUGGCUCUGGGCAACGCCGCUGCUGAUGCCACAGAAGCGAAGAACAAGGCCCACGCGGCAGAGCAGAUCGCCACCGCUGUCCAAAAGAAUGCUACUAGUACCAAAGCAGAAGCUGAAAGGACUUUUGCAGAAGUUACAGAUCUAGAUAAAGAGGUGAACAAUAUGUUGAAACAACUACAGGAAGCAGAAAAAGAGUUGAAGAAAAAACAGGAUGAUGCUGACCAAGAUAUGAUGAUGGCAGGAAUGGCUUCACAGGCUGCUCAGGAAGCUGAAAUCAAUGCCAGAAAGGCCAAGAACUCUGUUACCAGCCUCCUCAACGUUAUUAAUGACCUCUUGGAGCAGCUGGGGCAGCUGGAUACAGUGGACCUGAAUAAGCUAAAUGAAAUUGAAGGCACCCUAAACAAAGCCAAAGAUGAAAUGAGGGUCAGUGAUCUAGACAGGAAAGUGUCUGACCUGGAGAAUGAGGCCAAGAAACAGGAGGCUGCCAUCAUGGACUAUAACAGAGAUAUUGAGGAGAUAAUGAAGGACAUUCGCAACCUGGAAGACAUCAGGAAGACUUUACCAUCUGGCUGCUUCAACACCCCGUCCAUUGAGAAGCCCUAACGUCUCCCUUCAAGGCUGGAAGGCAACAUCCCCCUGACAGGGAAGCAGUUAUGAGGCCAUAGAGUGCCUUAACACAAAGAUUACAUUGUUCAGACCCCCCACUUCUCUGCUUCUCUCCGUCACUGUCCUUUUGAACCAGGAAAAGUCACAAGGUUUAAAGAGAAGCAAAUUACCAUCCUUAAUUGGGAACAAAGGGUUUUAUCUAAUAAAAUCUCUCUUCCACCCAAAUUGUUACCUUACCCACACUUUCCCUUCUGACUUGGGUAAGGAUGGGGCAUACUAUCUUAUGGUACAAUGAUGUUAUUGCAUCGUGUGAACUCUUGUACCCCAGGGCAGAGCAAGUAGCCCUCCCCUCUGUCACUGACACCAACAGAACCUCCUCAGUCUAGUGCUCUUGUUUCUAUGAAGGAAAAGUUUGGCUACUAACAGUAACAUUGUGAUGGCCAGUAUAAUUGAUAGAGAAAGAAAUACUUCUGCAUCUCCUGCUCCUCCUCUUUUUAAGCAAAAGGAGAUAAACAUCCUGUGCCAAAGAUACUGAUCAGAUAGGAUUUCAUUUGCCAUCUGUGAGUUGUUUUAGCUAUUCUGAGUGCAGGACACUGAGCCAUCUAUUGGUAAGGAUGCAGUUAUUUAUGACAGUUUCUAGAAGAAUAUGAGACUGAAGAUUUUCUCAUAUGUUAACAAUUGACUAGGAAGAUAAACUUUUUUAGAUCUUUGGGCAGCUGAAAACUUAAAUCCAGAUGGGCAGCUUGCACUCACCAACAGACCAGUAGAUAUCUUUUUAUAUUCCUAUGAAUGGAAUUUAUGCAGAAGAAACAGGGAUAUGAAAACCACUGAAGUCUUUCAAAAUCAAACUGUUGCUUAGAGCUUUUUAAAGUAUGUUACUCUUGGAGCUAGUGUUAUCUGGCAGAGAACUGUUGGUCCCUAAGGUUUUGACAAACAAAACAAAACACAAACCUCCCUGCCCUAGUCUGUUUUGCAAAGAGAUACAAUUUGGAUCCAGCGUGUAUUGUCAAGAUCUGACAUACCCAUUUUUCUUCUAUUGGAGAGAGAUGAAACAUUUGACCCAUAGCCCCAUUUUUCUUUUGAUGUUCCCAAGUUCUAGAAUCCCAUAAAACCCAUUGUUGUUUGUCCAAUCCUGGUGGUACAUCACUUGCACUCAGUAAUUCACACAACUGCCAACACCAUUGACUUCCUGCACCUUGUGAUUUAAACCCACUCUAAAUUUUCCCUCUAAGUAAAGAAGGAAGACCCUUAUGUGGAGUUUCCUAGUGGGCUUCUCAACUUUUGAUCCUCAGUUCUGUGAUUUUCUUUUGGGAUCACAGUGUCACAAUUCCCUGCAACAUACCCCUUCCUCCUACCGACCCGCCUUUGAGAUUCAUAUAUAGCCUUUAACACUAUGCAACUUUGUACCUGGCGCAGCGGGGGAAAGAAACUAUUAUCUGACACACUGGUGCUAUUAAUUGUUUCAAAUUUAUAUUUUUGUGUGAAUGUGGUUUUUUUUGUUUUUGUUGUGUUUAUCAUGAUUAUAGAGUAAGGAAUUUAUGUAAAUAUACUGGUCCUAUUUCUAGAAUGGCACUGUCUGUUCACUUCACUCCAUUUGUCCUCUUCACUGGCCCAACACCUCUGUAUCCCUCCCUCCCAUCAAGAAUUCUUUGGAUUGUAUUGGUUCCCCAUUUCUUUGCUCUGCUCCUUGUGUUUGCAGCCCCUCCAUUCUUUACUAUUAAUAUCCACCUGCUUUCUUUCACACAUAGCCACUAUACUGAGGUACCUCGGACCCUCUCCCAUGCUGUCCUGGUGAUCCUGAACCGAGCAUCACAUGGUUCUUAAUGACUGUUCCUGAGCAGGAAUGCCAGGCUUACUGGAGAUGGUGCAAAUAGGAAAGGUUUGCUAGCGGGCAUUUUCAGCACCACUGUUAGUCUAGCUAGGAAUGCAUUGGAAAUGCCCUUUUGGGAAAUUGAGCUGGGUUGAUCCAUUUUGUAAAUGAGUGCAUGAUGCCUGAGCUCUCUUAGGGCACAAGGGACAGUGCCACAGAUGGGCGGACUGGGAGGCAUAGUGUAGCUUAGUUCUCGGUUAUCCCCCUUCCCCUUUCCAGCUCUUUGGGGCAUACCAGAGUUUACCAAAAAUGUUUUGACUUGGCACACACCUAAGCUUUUACUCUGUUUUUAUCUCUGGCCUCUUAUACUAUCACGGGAGGCAUUGCUUUUUCACAUCGGUGUUUCCUAGCUAGUUCCCCUUGUCAAGUGGCCACAUCCUAGCAUACAGGUUUUGGCCAAAGUUGCAGGAAAAGGACUGAAGAUAGGCUGUCAAGGUAGUUUUCCAUCUAGUCUAUGAGUCAGGUUCACUCCAGCAACUCUUGGGCCAAGAUGAGGUGUUAUUUUGUUUUUUUGUUUUUGUUUUUGUUUCUUUGCUUUUUCCCUCUUCCGUGUGGUAUAUUUUUAAACAGAAUUUUAUUUUUAAAAUAAAAGUUCUUUAUAAGACGAUACCUUAAUUACACUCCUGCAAUAUAGCCAUUAUUUUAUUGUAUAGUUCCAUUUAUCUGUAUUUUAUGUAAUAAAAUUGACAUGAUGGCUGCUGCAGAAUGCUGGGUGCCACAGGGAACAUAUACUACUAUUUUUUCCAGAAAUUUUGCCUUUUAAUCCCAACCGUUGCCCUUUUCUUUGUGCCUUCACUUCGGCUGUUUGCCUUAAUCUCUACAGUCUUGCUCUCCAGGGUGAUGAAUAAAAUGCAACACUUGGCAUUUUUUAUGUUUUAAAAAACAGUAUUUUAUUUAUAAUAAAAUCUGAAUAUUUGUAACCCUUUA